AUGGAGAGGGAAAUGGAGGCAGCCUACGACGCCGCCGCUGCCGAAGUCGACGCUGAAGACGGCAGAGAUAGUGGUGAAAAGGCGACGCAAGCGGUGGCUGGAAGCGGAGGCGAAAGUCAUAGAAAAUCGGGCCGAGAUAAAGUUAAGGGGCCUUGGUCUCCGGAAGAAGACGCGAUACUUAGUCGGCUAGUGAGUAAAUUCGGCAUGAGGAAUUGGAGCUUGAUAGCCCGAGGAAUCGACGGACAAUCUGGCAAGUCUUGCCGCCUCCGAUGGUGUAAUCAGCUCGACCCUUCUGUUAAGCGCAAGCCCUUUACUGUGAAUAUGAUGCAAUCAUUACUGGAAUUGGAUAAUUUAACAAGAGGCAGAGAGAAUAAAGUGGGAAGUAAAACUGGUACUGACUGA